GGCGCUGCUCAGUCCCUAGUUUGUUCAAGCCUGAAAGCACCUCCGCCAUCCGAGCUUUCUUUAUGUCGGCUCUCUCGAUUCCCUCCUAUCACAUACUUGAAACAGUCCUCCUCCCCCUCGGAAUCCCUGCACAUACAAUGGAUCUUUAUCCGUGACUCUGUCGGAUAUACACCACUGCUCUACGUUAUCAACCUUUCGAAAUCACCGCAAUAAUGACUACUCUCUGAGGGACAUGCAACCUUCCUGAACUUUCCCAUUCUUCUAUCUGAGCAGUACAUAUAACAAGCCGGCCACCAGACCAUCUCUCAAUGCCGGAGCAGGCACAUUCACCCCCUGCCCAAGGAUGGACAGAGGCCAGACAUUCAUCCUCAUCCUCGACUUCGUCGUCUCUCAAGCGUCGGCAAGAGGACGGCGGAUCUCCGGAAGGCUCGCAGAGUGCGCUCAACGACCUAUCGCGAGGCGGAUUUCCGAUCUACAACAAAAAGCGGAAGAAUACUACGCGUGCGUGCGAUGCGUGUAAAAAGAGGAAAGUGAAAUGCGACGGAAUGCAGCCAUGUGAACGAUGCGUUAAAGGUGGAGGCGACUGUACCUAUAACGUGAAGUACACCAGAGGUGUCUUUGUCGCCCCUCUACGGAACGAAAACCUCCAGCACGAAUUGUCCUCUCCCGCGCAGUCGUCGCAACUCGCGCGUUUGAUGGACGCCGUUGCCGCAGUAUCCAAAACCGAGAUUCCUGCUAUGCUAGCCGAUAUAAGCAAGCUCGAUAAAGCAUUGAACAAUGACAAUGACGCUCAGCUCUCGCCUUCUUCGGCCCGAGUUUCAGAUGCACAGCCGGCAGAUCAGGAAGACGAAGGCGAGUCGUUCUUAGGCGGAUCUUCUAAUCUCGUGUACUCCCAUUCAGCGAAGGCUCAUCUACUGGACGAGGUCCAAGUACCUGCCUCACCCAGAAACGUACCGGAGCAGAGUCAGCACCGACCAUUGAUCAGCUCCUCAUCCCUAAGGUUCUCGCCAUCCUCCCGCGACCAUUUCUGGUUCGCAGAGAGGCCAGUCGAGGAGGUAGAUGCGAGACUUCUGGCUCUACCAUCGCGAAAGCUUGCACUACAGCUAGUUGAGUGGUAUUUCGACAACUCGAGCCCAACAUAUCGCAUUCUUCAUCGGCCGACUGUCGAGCAUUGGAUCGACUGUGGAUUCUACUCCACGCAGUCCGAGUUUGAUCCAGUAAGCGCCGUCACCACUGAGCCCGUACCUACCACUCGACGUUGCGAGUGUGACGCACACCACCCCAAUCCAUUCGAAGACCGAAGCAUUUGCGCUCUCAUGUUUAGCGUCUGGGCUAUGGGCAGUCGGUUCCCGGUCGGGAUCAAGCCCGGUUCGAAAGAGGGCACGCUUCUGCAAAGACGAGGCGAGCAGUACUUCUCGAUCGCAGAGAAAGAGCUACAGCAGGAGAAAUCGCUAAUCGAUAGACUCACGAGUUUGCAAGCAAAGUUCAUCAUGUGUCAGUACCUGCUCACUACCUCCCGCGUAAAGGCAUCUUGGGAUCUUCUCUCGUCGGUGAAGAACAUGGCAAACAAUCUUGAUCUCAACCGUCGGAAUUUCAGGUUGCCGUCUUCUCCUGCUGAUUCGCUGUACAUUGAACUACGCAAGCGCGCGUUCUGGGCUAUUUAUACACUGGAUACGUACAUGUGUACGAUGAUUGGCAAAUCGCUCAUGUUGUCGGACGAGGAUAUUACCGUCGGACUUCCCGAACCCGUCGGUGACCUUUCUGAAGUCGGCAAGCCAACACAGCUGCAUACCCCGCUCGAACACGCAAAGCUGAGUCGUAUUCUUCGCGUAGCACUGCGCAAGCUAUAUUCAGAUAUCCCUCUGAAAUCAGAAGAGCUCGUCACCGUCACCGGCCAACUAGGCAAGAUGUUGCAGGAUUGGGAAGAUGGAUUGCCGCAAUUGCUGAGAAGGGAAUCAUGAUCUAUCGUCCCUCUCUCAAUUCCGAGACGUCCUCAUCCGAGUCGCUCAGUGAUCAUAUCGCGGAAAAUAUACGGCAGC